UUGUUUUUGUUUUUAUUUUUUUAUUUUUAUCAUAGUAUAUCAGUAUGAGUGCAGCUCAGGCCAGGUCUCUUUCAAACUCCAUUAAUAAUUACUUCUCCAAGUCCCUUUCAGCUCCUCUCUCUCUCUUCUCAUCUCUGGAUGUGGAGCCAUGGCUUAAUAACCAGUCAUCCCUUCUUCUCUUUGAGUUAAGAAGAAGAGGUGGCUCUCAAGUUCAUAAACUAUACCUCAUAUCAGCUGAGCAACAGAGGAAUAAAUCAUGUUUGGUUCUUCCCAGCCAGGAAACAUGGACUCUUCAAGCAUGGAGCCGAAGGAGAAGAUGGGGAGGGGGAAGAUAGAGAUCAAGAGAAUAGAGAACACAACAAACAGACAAGUUACCUUUUGCAAGCGCCGUAAUGGCCUCCUGAAGAAGGCUUAUGAGCUCUCUGUUCUGUGUGAUGCUGAGGUUGCCCUAAUCAUCUUCUCUACCCGUGGCCGCCUCUAUGAAUAUGCAAACAACAGCGUGAAAGGAACCAUUGAACGAUACAAAAAGGCAAGCACUGAUAAUUCCAACACUGGAUCAAUAUCUGAAGCAAAUUCGCAGUAUUACCAACAAGAGGCCACAAAACUGCGUCAGCAAAUUACAAACUUACAGAAUUCCAACAGGAAUUUGCUGGGUGAUGCUCUCACCACCAUGAGCCUGAGGGACCUGAAGCAACUGGAAACAAGAUUGGAGAAAGGCAUCAACAAAAUAAGAGCUAAGAAGAAUGAACUGCUGCAUGCUGAGAUUGACUACAUGCAGAAAAGGGAAAUGGAACUCCAAACUGACAACAUGUUUCUGCGCAAUAAGUGGAUUUUACAGAUAUCUGAUAAUGAAAGAGCACAGCAGCAGCAUCAGCAUAUGAGCAUAUUGCCAUCAACAAGCACAGAGUAUGAAGUGAUGCCUCCAUUUGAUUCCAGAAGCUUUCUUCAUGUCAAUCUAAUGGAUCCCAAUGACCGUUAUUCCCACCAGCAGCAAACAGCUCUGCAACUUGGGUGAUGGGGAGGUUGCUGCAACUAUAGUAGUUGUGAUGGCAUUCUGAACUAUGAGAAGGAAAUAUAUUUGGUAUGUUUUGUAAGAAGAUGUGUAAUAGAGUUUUAUAUGUAUUAUUAUAUGGAACAUUGAUCAGUUGGAAGCUGUGGUGUUUUAGGGUUGUUGGAUGUUGAGACUUUAUAUAUUGUUAAG